UCUCUUUCCCUCUCACUUGUCCCGUGCCUCUGCAGUGGCUCAUUCUUUCCUGCGCCGGCUAGAGACACACACCGCCCCCCUCCACCCCUGCUCUGGUCACUCAUCCCAGCAUGCGGUACCUAUUCAUGGGUAAGACCCAAGGCUGAAAGUGGAGCUCUGCGCUACAGCUGCCGCGAAAUGAAUGCAUCGUUUCCUGCGUCUACAACCACGCUGAGUCAGACAGAGUAUCAGACAGAGUAUCAGCGAGACACUGCCGGCAACUGAAAGCCACUGAUCUGAAGAUCAAGCAACGGAUCAGCUGCUGCUUCCGUAUUUCUCGCUCUCUAGUUACCCCUCCCUCCCUCACCGGGACAUACUGCAAAGGAGGACCGAGGACAAGGAGGUACGCUGCAAGACUUCCCCAGCUGAAAGUCUAAUUUCGUGUCGGGUCCCUUGUGACCCCUCAGACCUGCAGUAUCCCACUCAAGACAUACGGCAGAAGACUUGACCAGGGACAGACUGGGCAGACGGUCUGACAUGGAGUUGCAACACAGAAGAUCAUUACUGCACAGGUGUGCGCGGUCUGGUGAUGUAGUCCACGCCGGUCUGGUCGUCACACUUCUGAUUGGAGUGUGGUACGCUCAGGCACUGGAGGUAAAUACAGGAAAGGUCCACUUUAUAGAAGUGAUGAAUGGAAGUUCAGUGCUCUUACCCUGCACUUAUGCCAGCUGCAUUGGCAUUAAAAACCUUUACUUCAACUGGCAGUUCAAAGACAAUGGGACAUUGAUUAAGCUCUGUGAGGCCAUCAUCCCAGCAGAAGGAGUAGAACCUAAUGUGAAAGUCUAUCAUGAGCGGGUGGAGUUUGUCGGCUCCAGCAAACAGAAUAACAUCUCAAUCUUACUGCAUAACGUCACCUUCGAGGACCAGGGAGAGUACAUCUGCUUCGCCCGCAAUCCCAAGGAGAAGGAUCGCAACCAUAGUGCCAUUUUUACUCUUUAUGUGGUGGACGAAUUGAGAGAGGUGGACAACACACUGACCCUCAUCAUUGUGUCCGUGCUUGGUGGAGUUAUAGGUCUGAUCAUUCUCAUCAUGGUAGUGAAAGCUGUAGUCCUCGCCAUUCUAAACAAGGUCCAGGAGAAGAAUAAAGAGUGCCUUGUGAGCUCUUCAGGGAAUGACAAUACAGAAAAUGGCCUCCCGGGAUCCAAAGCAGACAGCAAACCAACACCAAAGGCAUGAAAAGAGCAUGUGUGUGUACAUAUAUGAGCAUAUGUAUACAUGCAUACAUAUUCAUAACAAUAUGAAAGAAAGUCAUAACAAUGGACCAUUUUAUUAUCUUUAUCUCAAAGAAAAAAAAUGCUACAUAUAAAUAUGUGGAAAUAUAUAUUUUAGAUUGUGCUUGAGGAAAAAUACAAAGUGCUGCAGGCUGGAUCACACACCCUUUGCUGGACUGAAAAGGCAUAAAAAGAUAUUCGGAGAGCAGAUGAUGGGAGACACUUCAGUGUGCUUGCAUUCUGUUCUUGUCUGUGAGACACAGCACACACACACUGCCAUUUUCAUGAACUGCCAUAUCCUUUCAAUGCUCGACAGCACAAAACCCACAUUAUAAAAUGUUUGCGGUACAAUUCCAGUGCAACUUUACAACGUCCUCACACUGCAUUCCAAAUGAUCCCGCGGUGGAAUCUCUCACAAGCUAACAAGUCAGUAACAAAACAGACACAGAAACGCCUUUCUGUAAAAUACUAAACAACUUACAGAUUAAAAACCAAGGGUGCCUCUACAAAUUGGAAUAUGUUUACCACCAAUUCAAGCAGCUAACCAAGUCUGAUUAUUAACCACUCCCACUAAUUUUACAGGUGAUAUUGAGGUCAUAAAGAACAGGAUGCAAGUGCACUUGAAGGGCAGAAACACACUCUACGCAAUAGCACCCCUUGUGGCAAUGUUGAUAUUACAACACAUGCAUUGUGACAUGUCUUGUGUGAGAAAAGUUUGUGUAGAGUGUUUUUCAUGGCUAAAGCAUUGUUUAAAAGGAACUGAAAAUAAAAGGACUUAACAGAGAUAAGGCGUGUGUAUAUCCAGCAUCCAGCCCAGCACGGUUUAUUCAUUUCUUUUCAUUUUUUUCUGCUUUAGAUAAAACACAGGUGCCUGUUAAUGCUUCAAGCUCCACAUGCUUCCUGGGAGCCUUCAAAUGCUAUAUAAAUAAGUUAAUUAAACAAUGCUCACAUUAAAAAAACAAACACAAAAAACAACAAAAAAAGAAAAAAACAUUAAAAUAUAAAGACAAUCCCAAGAAAUCAACUCCCUGUAGAAAAUGAAUGAUCUUCUGAUGCUGCUUUCAAUAACCAAUAACUUUUCCUAAUGCAUGUGAACGCUUUUAUACAGUACAUCUAGGGUACUAUAUAUCCAUUUCUCUGAAUCGUGUUCUCCAGUCUUUUCUUACAUGACUGAUCAAUCUGUGCUUGUCGUAUACAUCGUCACAGUUCAUCUUGUAUGUAUCCAACAUACAGGCAUGAAGGGCCACUGUAGUUAACUGGUAAAACUUAUCGUGACAUCCAAACUUCACCGGGCACAAUAUUGUUGCUAACUGCUAAUGUUGACAUUUAGCAUCUGAAAACGAAUACUUAUGUUUUCAUAUCAUCGUACAAAAACACACUACUUCUGUGACAAAUUAUAAUAGAUAGUAAUACCUCACAUGCCUCUCAAUGGCUAAUUACAGUGCACAUGUAACUAGCAUUAGCAUAAACCUCUCAAAACUCCUCAUAUAUCAGAGUAGUUUGAUGCUUAUUCAAGAAAACACACAAAUGGUGGAAAAUACUUGUGGGAUUGAGUUUUUUUUAGACAUUCUGGAGCUGUAAAGCUAACUCUGUUUAUCAAAAAAGGCAACUUUCCAAAUACUUCAGUAGUUAUUUAAGAUUUAAGUGCCAAAACAGAACUGCUAGUGGAAUGGUGGAUGAUUUACUGUUGCGUCCAUCUUGUUUCGUUUGUCUUCCUCUUUCCUUUUGUAUAGGGAACCCCAUAAAUGCACAAUGCCCGUUCAUAUCCAUAUAUGGGUUAAGUAUAAAUGUAUCAACGAAUUUAUAACAUGCGAUGAAUGUCACUUUGCGAAUACGCAGCAUAAUAAUAAUAAUAAUAAUAAUAAUAAUAAUAAUAAUAAUAAUAAUAAUAAUAAUAAUAAAUAAGAAAUGCAAUGAAACUCUACUAGUCUUCCGCCAUAACCCAAAGAUGAAUGUACGCAGUGGUUGUAGUUAUGGCAGAGUUCAGAGGUGUCGUUUCUGGGCACUUUAUUCAUAAAGAUGUACGCAGAAGUGUUUUGAAUGCUCAUUCUUUAUGUAGAGCAAAGUAAGAAUGAUGAAGAAUUUAUAGUUACGUAGUUGAACAGCUGCAGUGGUGAUAUAUUAAGAAUAGUGGAACAGGAAUAUUUUGUCUCUUUGAAUGGCUAUAUCUCUUGUAUGUGCACAUAUUAGCAGUCUUCCAAAUCACUUGACUCUCUUUUAGAAAUCAGGGGCUUCGGCAAUCCCAACUGUUUGGGAUUCUUUGACAGAGCGGUAUGAAAUCCUAGCUUGAAUUCCUUUGAACUGCAUCCAUAAAUGUGUGUUAAAAUCAACUGUGCUUUGGAGAAAGGGUUUGGUGCCGCUCUGUCUGUAAGAUGCACUGUACAGUAAUGUGGUUAGCAUUGUCGAGCUGUUCACAUUGCUUCUUUGAUUAAUUUAUGGCAGAAUGUUUUACCAUGUUAUGCUUCUUACAGCUUGUUGCCUUUUGUCAUUUGCAGCUAGUGUAUUUGAGGAAACUAUCACAUAAACAAGGAGAUUACGUAGAUCAGCAAUACUGUAAAAAAAAAGAAAGGAAAAUGUAAAAAAAAAAAAAAAAAAAAA